AUUUUUUAAAAGAGGUCGUCCACUUCAGCUAAGGGGCGUAACAAAGCAGAAUCAGAAAGAAGAAAAUGAAUAUCCUUAAACCCUAAACCUUUUUAGAGCUACAGCUUUGCAGAGCAUAAGAAAACUGUAGUCUCAAGUGCAUUGAGGGCUAACUAUAUAUCCAAAAACUUCUUCCAGUCUUCAGGAGACACUCCAUAUGAACUAAAAAACUGCUCGAGAAUCUUAAGAACUCUGAUUAUCAACGUGAUGAAUUACAAUGUUGAAGAUUUUGCUUAACAGUCCGAGGUUGAACCUUCUUUAGGGAUCAGGGUUUCUGACUGUUGAAAGAAUGAAUUACAGGUUCAAGAAUCUGCUGGGCGCUCCUUACAGAGGCGGCAACGCGAUCCUGUCAAACAACACGCAAUUGCUGACGCCCGUGGGCAACCGCGUGACAGUCAUUGACCUCGUUAAAUCUGAAACUGUGACCCUCCCCUGCGAGAACUCAAAAAACAUCUCGCGAAUCGCUGUCUCUCCCGACGGAACUCUACUUCUUUCCGUCGACGAAGCAGGCAGAUGCUUACUCAUAAAUGUGCACCGCCGUGUUAUUUUGCACAGGAUUUCCUUCAAAGGUGCUGUCGCCGCCAUCAAAUUUAGUCCCGACGGAUCCCACUUCGCUGUCGGCGUGGGGAAAUCCGUGCAGGCAUGGAGAACGCCGGGGUUCAGAAAAGAAUUUAUGCCGUUUGAACUAGUGCGGACUUUAACUGGCUGCAAUGAUGCCGUAACCUGCCUGGACUGGAGCCCAGACGGAUACUGGAUAAUUGCAGGUUCAAAAGACUUGUGUGUCAGGAUAUUUUGCCUGAAAAUUGUGGAAAACUACCGGCCGGUCAAGCUACUGGGCCACCGAGAUGUUAUCGUAGGCGCAUUUUUUCGGGUGUCGAAGGGCGUCAUAGACGGCGCUUAUUCUGUUUCAAAAGACGGCGCGAUUUUCAGCUGGAAAUUUUAUUUGGAAGACUCUCUCCAAAAUAAGGUAAUUUCUAACAAUGGACAUGCCGCCAUUAGUUUAAAUGUGAGAAAUUCAGACAGUAAGAGGAAGUGGGAGGACGAGGACGAUGCAGAAGAUUUUACUGUGCUGAUAAAUCCUAACGACAAUUUUGAAAACCCAAAACCCCUAAAUCCUCGUAAAAUGCUUUCUACAGAAGCCACUAAAACCCUGAACUCUAGUAAAAUCCUUGUUCCAGAAAAUACGAAUAUCCUAGCUGCAGAUUCCCUAAAAGCUGAAAUUCAUAGUGGACUGGAAAAUGGCCACAAAACUGAGACAGAUGGCAGUUGUCAAGAAAUCAUUAAAAAUGCUGAUCCUGUUCCAGAGUCAAAGGCUACACGGGAAGACUUGAUGUUACGUCUGCACCAAGGGCGAUGGGAGUUACUGAAGAAGGAAUUUUUCAUGCAGCCGGGGGCGCGUUUGACUGCUUGUGAUUAUCAUUCAGAUCUCGAGUUGGUAGUUGUUGGGUUCUCAUCGGGAAUUUUUGGAAUCUAUCAGAUGCCAGAUUUCACUUGUAUUCAUUUGCUUUCAAUAACAAGGGAGAAGAUUACUACGGCUGUUUUCAAUGGGCUGGGUAAUUGGUUGGCUUUUGGGUGUGCAAAACUGGGUCAGCUGCUUGUGUGGGAAUGGCGAUCAGAAACUUAUAUAUUGAAACAGCAGGGUCAUUAUUUUGAUGUUAAUUGUUUGGCCUUCUCACCCGAUUCACAACUUUUAGCAACAGGAGCAGAUGACAACAAAGUCAAGGUUUGGACUGCUUCUUCUGGCUUCUGCUUUGUAACUUUUGCAGAGCAUACAAAUGCAGUUACUGCUGUUCAUUUUCUGCCAGGCAAUCAUGCACUCCUCAGUGCAUCAAUUGAUGGGACAGUGCGUGCUUGGGAUUUAUUUCGCUACAGAAAUUUUCGGACUUUUACAACUCCUACUCCCAAACAGUUUGUUUCGUUAGCAGCAGACCCAAGUGGUGAAGUAAUAUGUGCUGGUACACUGGAUUCUUAUGAGAUUUUUGUUUGGUCAAUGAAGACGGGGCGACUAUUGGAUGUAAUGAGUGGUCAUGAAGGGCCUGUGCAUGGAUUGGCAUUUUCACCGACCAAUACAAUUCUAGCGUCGUCCUCGUGGGACAAAACUGUUAGGUUGUGGGAUGUUUUUGAGAGUAAAGGUGCAGUAGAGAAAUUUGCCCACACUCAUGAUGUUCUAACAGUUGCAUAUCGCCCUGAUGGAAAGCAGCUUGCAUGUAGUACACUAGAUGGUCAGAUUCAUUUUUGGGACCCAAUUGAGGGUCAGCUUAUGUGUACUAUUGAGGGUCGGAGAGACAUUGCAGGAGGAAGGCUAAUGGGUGAUCGCAGGACAGCAGCUAAUUCAAGCUCAGGGAAGUGCUUUACAAGUUUAUGCUACUCUGCUGAUGGUAGCUACAUUAUAGCAGCAGGCAAGAGUAAAUACAUCUGCAUGUAUGAUGUCGAAGAACAGGUAUUACUUCGGCGAUUUCAAAUAUCCAGUAACCUUUCUCUUGAUGGCGUUCUAGAUUUUUUGAACUCAAAAGACAUGACUGAUGCUGGUCCAAUGGCUCUGAUUGAUGAUGAAGAUAGUGACAUUGAAGGAGGGCUGGAUCGACAAGAAAGGGGACUACUAGGAGAGGGUUUACCAGGAACUGCAUCUAAUCAUGGUCGACCUGUUGUUUAUACAAAAUGCUUGAGAAUGUCAUCAACUGGGAGAUCAUGGGCAGCAGCAACCACAGAAGGAGUGUUGAUGUAUUCAAUAGAUGACUCUUUUGUCUUUGAUCCAACUGAUCUUGAUAUGGAUGUCACACCAGAGGCAGUAGAUGGUGCACUCAGCCAAGGUCAACAUCUGAGGGCACUAGUUCUUGCUCUUCGUCUGAAUGAUGCUAGCUUGAUCAGGAAGUGUAUCGUCUGUGUGCAACCAAAGGAUGUUGCCACUAUUGCUGCUGCAGUUCCAUCAAAGUAUUUGCGCAGGUUAAUUGAAACAUUUGCUGAGUAUUUGGAAGGCUCUCCCCAUCUUGAAUUUCUUCUUCAGUGGUCUCAGGAGCUUUGUAAAACCCAUGGUCAAUCAAUUCAAGAAAAUUGCAAAGAUUUUCUUCCAGCUUUAAGGUCAUUACAAAAGGCAUUGACUAGGUUACACCAAGACCUAGCAGAUACUUGUUCAUCCAAUGAGUAUCUUCUUCGGUAUUUAUGUAUGCAAUCGAUACAUAGUUGAACUGAUAACUGCUAUAACUGGCUGCUACACAAGGAUUGAUAUAUGAAAUCUCCUGAUCUUAUAAUAUACAGAAAACAUGUUUAAGCUUUACAAUAAAUGGAAGUGCAUGACAAACAUGGUAUCCGUAUCCUAAGCCAGAUGUAUCAUAAGAGUGUAGAUUUGAUCCUUAAUGGCAGGACUGAAGAAGAUAAAUUCUAUCAGAAGGAAGAUCUUUAUUGUUUACAGGGGGCUACAGGUUUGGUGGAACUCUAAAAUCCUAUGUAUUGUUAUGUCCGAAGAAAACAUGUCAAAACUUGCUAAUAUACUGAACCUGAUAAUGGCUGAGGGAGAUCCAUUUAAGGUAGAUCCAGAUGGGUUUUAUUCUAUUUCCAGCGACAACAUAAAUAUUUUUGUUUUUCAAUUGUUUUGUUCUUCAAUUUUCAAUGUUUUCUGACGCAUUCAAAAUA